GGUUUGGGUGAUCACAUCCAGUUGCUGCAGAUCUAUGAAUGCUGGGAUCAAAAUGACUAUGACAUUGGCUGGUGUAAAGAUAAUGACUUGCAGGUGCGGGGAAUGGUGUUUGUCAAAGAUGUUCGAAAGCAGUUAUCUCAGAUAAUGCAGAAGAUGGCGAAGGGAUCAUUGGAUGUGCAAGCAAAUGGAAGACGGAAUGAAAGCCAACAGGACUAUAGAAAAUUAAGAAAGGCUUUGUGCAUAGGCUAUGCAGGUCAGCUUGCUGAGAGGAUGAUUCAUCAUAAUGGCUAUCGAACAAUAGGUUUCAAGUCUCAACUAGUUCAGGUCCAUCCAUCCUCUGUGUUAAGGCCAGAUGAAGAGGGACUGCUCCCAAACUAUGUUGUUUACCAUGAACUUAUUGCUACCUCCCGUCCAUACAUGCGCAAUGUGUGUGCUGUAGAGAUGCGAUGGGUGGUACCAAUUUUGAAGAAGCUUGAGAACAUAAAUGUGAACAAACUAAGCAGUGGAUCGAGUGCAGUAGACAGAACUGAGAAAAAUUCGUCAGACUUGCCAAAGAAGGAUAUUGCUGCUGUCCCUGAUGACCGUGACAGUAAAAUUCAGGCAGCUAGGGAACGUUUCCUUGCUCGUAAAGCAAAGAAAUAAGACUUGGAUACCUCCCUUAUUAUAAACAUUCGGAGGAAUGGUGGUGUAGCAGUUUGCUGGGUUUGCUUUGUAUAAAUGGGGCCCCCUACAGUUCAGAAUAGUGCUGGUGAGACUGAUGUUUGUAUACUACCUGUCUUUCGACUACCUUGUAUUUCUUCCUUAGCCUUUUUUCCAAGUCGUAUAAUGUCAUCUGAUUUGAGACUUCUGACCAAAGGACCAAGGUAAAUGAGAAUGCAGCGCUCAAUAUGCAGACCUGCAUUUGAUUACUUCCAGACGCAGUAAAUUUAGUCUUUCUCCUCGGAGCACAUACUGAUGGUGGUGGAAUGACGUCUAUCGUCAAUGGUAAAAAUGAUUUCCAAUAGUGAGAUACCUUUUAACUGAAGAAAAUUUUCUUUUCCAUACACAAAGAAAUGCUGAGACAUUACAAAUUAACAUCAUGUUUGUAUCAUUAUCAGGACCAUGAUGAAUCCUAUUUGUGAAAUAUACUGGUUUUUUACAAUAUGCUUAUCCAUACUGAGUAGGUCAAUUAGUUUCAUAUAAGAUGAGGCAAUGUGAGUGUUUCCCCACCCAAGCCUUCAACAGUGGAUAGGAUUUGUGGUAAAUUUGUUUCAGCCUUCCAGGAUUCCGAAUUACAAGAAGUCAAGAAUUGGAGGUAGAUCACGCAGUCCAAGGCCAUUUAUAUUUUAUAAAAAAAAAGAAGCUACAAUAAUUUUUUUUAAUAGCGGUUUAUACAAUAUGAUUCGACUCUUUGUGAUGUGUCAAUUUGAUUUGGUUGUCAUGCGGGGUCAUUUGUUUUAAU